AUGGGGGUGAUGAUCCAGGUGUUCUUUGGCGUUGGAACGACGACAUUGUCCGUAGUUGCCUACUUCAUCAGCGACUGGUAUACUCUGGAGCUAGCCAUGGCUGUCCCUGUCGCUAUCUUCCUCAUUUACUGGUGGGUCAUUCCCGAAUCUCCAAGAUGGCUGAUGAACAAGUUCCGGGAUGAAGAAGCGGAAGUGAUCAUACGCCGCGCAGCGGACGUGAACAGAGUCAAGCUACCUGACAACUUGUUCGAACAGCAGGAGAAAACAGAGGCUGAAACUCAUGAUAAUGACAAGCCCAAGGGCAACUUCUUCCAUCUCUUUACCACUCCAAUCAUGUGUCUACGAACUCUUAUUAUAUUCUUUAACUGGUUUGUGGUCAGCAUGGUGUACUAUGGCCUGUCCCUCAACUCGGACAACCUUGGCGCAGGCAGCCUCCACCUUAACUUUUUGUUGGCAGGUCUGGUGGAGUUCCUGGCUAUUGGUCUUGCCAUGAGUGUUAUCGACAAAAUAGGGAGGAAGAUCUUGCACUGUCUGUGUAUGAUCAUAGGUGGUGUGUCAUGCAUCGUCACCAUCUUUACCAUCCUCUAUGCUGAAGCAUCAUUACAGUGGGUGACCGUCAUGUUGGCCAUGAUUGGGAAGGUUGGAGCAACCGGAAGCUUCACAGUCAUCUACAUCUUCUCCUCGGAACUGUUCCCCACAAUCAUUCGGCACUCCGCCACUGGUGCCAGCUCCUCAUGUGCUCGGAUCGGCGGCAUGGGGGUAAACUGA